GAGAGGCUGGAAAAGCUGAGAUGAAGAACCAGGGAGUGGAAACCAAAGCAGCUCCACGUCCUUCCAGAAGGAGCAGCGGGAUGGGGCUGGAGGAGGGCGACUCCCCAGAGGCUGCAGCACCCCCAGAAGCUCCCAUCACCCAGGAAGAUCCCAAAUCCCGUCCCGUCCGCGACGUUUCCGAGGAGCUGAGCCGGCAGCUGGAGGAUAUUUUAAACACUUACUGUGUGGAUGGCAGCCAGGAAAACCCCGAGGAGCCCGAAAAGGGGCGCAGUGAAUCCCCCAGGAACGGGGAACAGGACCCAGGAGGCCCCGAGAUCAACGGGGAGAAGGAGAACAACAACAAAGGAGGAGAGGAAUUCCGGCCCGGAGAGGAGGGRGGGGACAGGGAUCACAAAAAAGCUCAGGAGAAGAAGAAAGCCAAGGGUUUAGGCAAAGAAAUCACUUUGCUGAUGCAGACCCUGAACACCCUGAGCACCUCAGAGGAAAAAUUGGCAGCGCUGUGCAAGAAAUACGCUGAGCUGGUUCUGAUGGAUUUAAGGAACAUUAAGAAGCUGGGAACAUCAAUUUGGGCCCUUUUUCCCUCCCUCCCACAGGAGGAGGGCGUCCAGCGCGCCAGAGAGGAGGAGGAGAAGAGGAAGGAGGUGACCUCYCACUUCCAGGUGACCCUGAACGACAUCCAACUGCAGAUGGAGCAGCACAACGAGCGCAACUCCAAACUGCGCCAGGAGAACAUGGAGCUGGCYGAGAGGCUCAAGAAGCUCAUCGAGCAGUAUGAGCUGCGGGAGGAGCACAUCGACAAGGUGUUCAAGCACAAGGAGCUGCAGCAGCAGCUGGUGGAUGCCAAGCUCCAGCAGGCGCAGGAGAUGCUGAAGGAGGCGGAGGAGAGGCACCAGCGGGAGAAGGAUUUUCUGCUGAAGGAGGCCGUGGAAUCACAGAGGAUGUGUGAGCUGAUGAAGCAGCAGGAGACUCACCUCAAGCAGCAGGUGAGUUCCCCACUCUUCUUUUGGGAUUUGAAGGGUUUUCCUCCYUCCAUCAGCAAAAAAACAACCCAAAAUUCCCAAAUUUUUAAAUCUGGAAAACACAGGCUUGUGCAGAUGACCAAGAAAAUCAAGAAGCUGGAGAAGGAGACCACCAUGUACCGCUCCCGCUGGGAGAGCAGCAACAAAGCGCUGCUGGAGAUGGCAGAGGAGAAAACGCUCCGGGACAAGGAGCUGGAGGGGCUGCAGGUGAAGAUCCAGCGCCUGGAGAAGCUGUGCCGGGCACUGCAGACGGAGCGCAACGACCUCAACAAGAAAGUGCAGGACCUGUGCGCUCACACGGAGCCGCUGGAGCCGCUCAAAGACCCCGCCCAAAGCUCGGCGGGGGCUGCUGUGCGCGUCCUGUAUCAAUAG